AGACCUGUAAAAAUCAAGUACAACUGAGUUGGACUAUUUGCUGUACAGAUCAGCAUGGCGGCCGGAGUAGCAGCCUGGCUUCCCUUUGCCCGUGCUGCAGCCAUAGGAUGGAUGCCUGUGGCCAGCGCCCCCAUGCCUGUUCCACCACGGGACAAAAGUCGAUCUAAGGAUGGCUUGAUCAUCCUAAACGUAAGUGGCUCAAAGUUCCAGACAUGGAAGAACACCCUGGAGCGCUAUCCUGACACUCUGCUCGGCAGCACAGAGCGCGACUUUUUUUACCACGAGGAGACCAAUGAGUAUUUUUUUGACCGUGAUCCGGAUAUAUUCCGCCACAUUUUAAAUUUCUACCGAACUGGGAAGCUACACUACCCACGUCAUGAAUGCAUCUCGGCUUAUGACGAGGAACUGGCGUUUUUCGGGAUCAUCCCUGAGAUCAUAGGGGACUGCUGCUAUGAAGAGUAUAAAGAUCGUAGGAGGGAAAAUGCAGAGAGGAUCCAAGAUGAUGAGGACAGCGAAAAUACCAAUGAUGUUGCAUCACCGGACAUGUCAUUCCGUGAGUCCAUGUGGCGCACCUUUGAGAACCCGCACACAAGCACAAUGGCGUUGGUGUUCUACUAUGUCACCGGUUUCUUUAUCGCAGUCUCAGUUAUGGCUAACGUAGUGGAGACUGUUCCAUGUGGCAGAUUCCAUGCCAGGGUGGUUUCAUGCGGAGAGCGUUAUGAACUUGCGUUUUUCUGCCUGGACACGGCCUGCGUGAUGAUUUUUACAGUCGAGUACCUGUUGCGCCUGUUUGCUGCACCCAGCAGGUAUAAGUUUGUCAAGAGCGUGAUGAGCAUCAUCGAUGUGGUGGCCAUCAUGCCAUACUACAUCGGCCUGGUCAUGACGGAUAACGAGGACGUCAGCGGGGCAUUCGUCACCCUUAGGGUCUUUCGAGUUUUUCGGAUUUUCAAAUUCUCGCGCCAUUCGGCCGGUCUGCGCAUUUUGGGCUACACACUCAAGAGCUGCGCCUCGGAGCUCGGAUUCCUCCUGUUCUCUCUCACCAUGGCUAUCAUCAUCUUUGCUACGGUUAUGUUCUAUGCCGAGAAAGGCUCCAAUUCCAGCAAGUUCACCAGCAUUCCUGCGGCCUUCUGGUACACCAUAGUCACCAUGACCACGCUUGGGUAUGGAGACAUGGUUCCAAAGACCAUCAUGGGGAAGAUUUUCGGCUCAAUUUGCUCUCUCAGUGGCGUGCUGGUGAUCGCUCUUCCUGUGCCCGUCAUCGUGUCAAACUUCAGCCGAAUCUACCACCAGAGUCAGCGUGCAGAGAAACGCAGAUCCCAAAAGAAAACCAGGCUUGCUAGAAUUCGUGCAAAGAAGAGCAAAGGAACUAACGCUUAUUUGCAGUACAAACGCAAUGGGCUGCUGGCUGACCACGAGGAGGAGGCAUCGAAAGAAGCAGGGAAGGCACUGGUUUGCAAGACUAACCCCACGUUUGACACUCAGCAUCACCAUCUCUUACACUGCCUGGAAAAAACGACGAAUCAUGAGUUUGUGGAUGAGCAGACAUAUGAGACGAGCUGUAUGGAGGUGUCGGUGGUCAAGCCGUCCACCUCACGCUCCUCUUCCAUCUCGUCCUCGCCUCAUGGCAUAACUUGCUGCUCCCGACGCAACAAGCGCAAGAGCUUCAACGUACCCAACUCCAACAUGGUGGCCGGGCACCGAGACAGUGUGCAGGAGCUCAGCACCAUUCAGAUUAGAGAGAGGCCUCUUAGCAACAGUCGUUCGAGUCUGAACGCCAAGUUUGAGGAGACAGUACCGCUGAACACGGAGCAGCAGCCCUACAUCACCGCAGCGGUCAUCAGCAUGCCCACUCCACCCGUCACCACGCCUGAGGGUGGAGAGUCCGCCAGCUCACCUGACUUCUUGCGGAGCAACAUUGUCCGUGUGUCAGCGUUAUAG